AUGAAGGCUGUGGAUCAAAGUACUUUCACGACUCAUCACCCCGACACACUGUGCUCGUCGUACGAAUAUACAGCACACACAUCGACCUGCCUGAACUUACUUGCACAAUCAUCACCAACCAUCACAACCUCCACCUUACAUAUCUGUACAAGACAUGAGAAUUCGCAUCAAACAUCGUUUGCCUCUCGGCCGGCGUGGAUUCAAGAACACUCUGUUCUAAUGUUCAACAACUCUUCCUCCAUUUGGCUACAAAUACCGACUCAAGCACACGAGCACGACGCAAUCAGUGUGCUUCGCUCACUUGCGGCUCGCCCGUGUCGUGCAUACGGUCUCAACCCUCUGUCGGAAAUCCCAGCAUCGUCUGAUGAAUCCGAUACCCGUCCAUGUGUCAUCUGUCUCUGCCCUCCCGAGCGACACGCUUCACCUCGUACAAUUACGGAUAGCCAUACGACGAAUCCGGUCCUUCCCCCCGUCUUCGCAACUUCUGAGACCACUUGCUCAACUUUUGGCUGCAAGCGAGUUGCGGUAGCCAUCUGCAAGACUGUGGCCAUGGACGCUCUCGACGCCACACUGGCCGCUCCAAAUGCGAGAAACACGCCAUUGUUCAGAUGA